UGGUGACCCUCAAAGGUCUGUUACUGCCUUGAAAUCAGUCCAGACACAGAUUCUGGCUGAUGUAUUUCUACCCACUGGCCCAUUUGGCCAUUCCUUUCUGUUACUCAAAAAGGGUGACUGGCAGGAUGUGCUCAGAUCAUACACCAAUACAGUUAAUACAGGGUACAGAAUUAUUCAUUAUCCUUCAUUCUAAAUCAGAUUAAACAUAAAAUCUUACUACAACAUUUGGGGGAAGAGUUUGGGGGAGUUCAGUUCCUGAUUUUUAUUUGACCUCUCUCCAGGACUUGUUUUGGUUUGGCCUUCCCCUUUCCAUCCCUGUCUGAAGUUUCUGUCUCUAUCACAGCAGGUGAUGCAAUGGUGUGUGAGAAUGAGGAGCAGAAUUCUCAGCAGGGAAAUGUUGAGCAAGUGGAUAAACACAGAGAAUUAUCGGAGAGAUUGAAAAGGAAUGUGUCCAAGAGUCAUGAACCGAGAAACUCCUGUGAGAUUCAGCACAGACCAGAAAGAGAGCAGGGAAACCAUCCAGGCGAGAAAGUGGGUAAAUGUAUUUCCUGUCGGGGAACUCAGACAGACCUCAACGAAACCACAAUACAGCAGGAAAUCCUCAUGGGAAAGAGAAAAAAUACAUGCACUGAAGGUGGGAAGAAUUUAUGUGACUACUCAGUCCUUAUAAAGCAUCAGAGAAUCCACACAGGAGAAAGGCCCUUUGAAUGCCAUGAGUGUGGGAAAUGCUUCACUAAGAGCUCAUCCCUUUCUGAACAUCAGAGAAUCCACACAGGGGAGAGGCCCUAUGAAUGCAAUGAGUGUGGGAAAAGCUUCAAUCGCAGCUCGCACCUUAUUAGGCAUCAGAUAAUCCACACAAGAGAGAGGGCCUAUAAAUGCAAUGAUUGUGGGAAAAGCUUCACUAAGAGUUCAGCCCUUUCUGAACAUCACAAAAUCCACACUGGGGAGAGGCUCUUUGAAUGCAGUGUGUGCGGGAAAACCUUCAAUCACAGCUCACACCUUAUUAGGCAUCAGAGAAUCCACACAGGGGAGAGGCCCUAUGAAUGCAGUGACUGUAGGAAAAGUUUCACUAGCAGCUCAACCCUCUCUGAACAUCAGAGAAUCCACACAGGGGAGAGGCCCUAUCAAUGCAGUGAGUGUGGGAAAACCUUCAAUCGCAGCUCAAAUCUUUUUACUCAUCAGAGAAUCCACACAGGAGAGAGGCCCUAUCAAUUGAGCCAUCCGGAGCUGUCACAAGGCUGGUUAGAUGCUGCUUUCUAG